CAGCGGAGAGGAUCUUUGAUGGUUUCAACUUGAAGGGGGGAAAAAAAUAACUUUUUUCAACUGUUUUCAUUAACGUCUUUAAUCACAAGAAAAGCUGCUUUUAAAUCGGACUGACUUUAUUUUGAGGAGGAAAAAGAGGGCUCACUCUCUGGUUGUAUCACUUUUGGAUAAUUUAGAAAUAUUAAACUUCCACAGGCCUGGAGGAAAAGUUGACAAGCAAAAGUUGGCGCCGUGGAUUUUGUUAGAGCUGAAUUCGCCAUUUUUGACUGAUGGAAGAGUCUUCAAAAUGCAACGAUUGGAUUUUUUUUAACACUUUAAUUUCUUUGUAUUAAAAUAACUUUAGCCCUACUUUUUGCAUUGCAUUGCAUUUUUCAUAUUUUAGGCCUGUGCAGUGAGCGAUGGAUCUUGUACAGAGGAGAGUUUUUGCAGCCUGGUGGCCUAUAUACUGCGCUGUUUUAUAACACUAGAAAACUGCUUUAUUUAUAGCCUUUGUAGACAGUUACAGCAACUGAGACAAUCAUCAUUCAACAACAAUGAAUACAUUUUUCGUUUUUAAUCUUAGUAAAUAUCAGAAAUAGCAGCGUUUGCAUUGACUGAUCAAAAUCUCUAAAUGUUACAGAGGAUCUGAUGUGUUUUAGUUUUACCAAAUCCCAGCAAUAGUUUAAUGAUUGAGAAAAAAAUACUUGAGUAUCUUAAUACAGUUAUACAUAACUGCAUAAUAAUAAGUUAAAUUAAUGGUUGCUGUAACUAGAUUAGUAUUGAAAUAGGGAAGUGGUUAUUUUCAUUAUUAUUAUUAUUAUCAUUAUUAUUAUUAUGAGUAUAGUAGUAGUAGCAAUGGUUGUGACAUCAGUAAAACAAUAUAAAACAAGUAAAUAUCUUUACUGGGUAAAUGCGUGCAGCUUAUUUCUCAGUGACUGCACUGUUGCUGUGGAAACAACAGGUGUAUGCCACUAUUAUGACACACAGCGGUAAAAUUCAGUCAAAUCCAACAGAGUAGAGUUGUUCAAAACAAAUAUCACCACCUCCAUGUCUUAUUUGCCUGUGGCCUUUUUAUACCUGCAUGUCGGCUCACUAGCUGCUGGUGUGGCUGCCACAGAGAAGCUGACAAGAAUUUGGGACAAAUGCAAGAUCAAUGUAAAAGAAAUACAGUUUGAUUUGCAGCUAGUGAAAGGGAUGAGGGAUUUAAAAAAAAAAAUGUAGACUUAAAUGCAUGAUGCAUCUAAAGCUGUGAUGAUGUAAGGAAGACAUGGUGGAACAGAUUCAUCGUGGGUGCCGUCUGUUAGUGCCUCUUUUCUACUAUUACAUCCUUUUCUAUAAAGGUUUGCAUCAGUAUGAUAUCAGAGAUUGGGGGCGGGACAAAUGUGUUUUAUUUGGCAGGUAGACCUGGCAGGCAGCAGUUUAUGUCAAUUAGAGAAACCACACUAGUAAUACAAAUGAGUUAUUUCUUGUUCUAAUUAUGUUAAUUUACGAGGCGUAGAGUAGAUUUCAAAUUCUGCUAAUGAAUAAUUAAACAAUGUCAGUUUGUUUCACGUGUGUUGUUGUAACCACAAACAAAUAAACACCAAAGGAAAAUGAACUUGGAGGAGGCUACAGCAUAAUCACUGACUUCUUAUAUAUAAAUAUAUAUAUUUAUACUGAUAUCGUUCAUUGUAAAGCAAGUUGCAACAUUCAGAGCGUCUGCUGUGAAAGGCUCAGCUCAAAGAGAUGUUGUGGCAACACUGUGUGUUUAACUGGUCUGUGAUCUCGACUUAAGUGGGCCUACAGAGUAAAGAGAAAGGCCCGUGCACACUCUCAAGACAGACAUUAAGCACACUACAGCUGCAACUAUUUAUUAUCAGUAUUUUUCAAUGGCUUAUUUAAUGUAGAAAAGGUUCAAAAUAAAGAUGAAUGGCGAGAUCUUAAAAGUUCUGUACUUUUUUAUCCAGCAGACCAAAACCUACACAUUUGAAUGCUUUUAAUGAGCUUUUAGAUUGAAUAAUCAAAUCUAUUUACACUUUUGAAUUCACAUGUUUUUGUGUUUGUGUGUCAGUAAGCGUCUGGUGGUGGUGGUCCCCAACGAGAGCUCCUUCCCCGCGGUGCGGCGGGCCUACACCAGUGAGGACGAGGCAUGGAGGUCGUACCUGGAGAACCCACUGACAGCCGCCACCAAAGCCAUGAUGAGCAUCAACGGGGACGAGGACAGCGCCAACGCCCUGGGCCUCCUCUACGACUACUACAAGGUGCCUAAAGAAAAGAGGCUCCUGCCAGUUCCCAAAGUGGUUGAAAUUACAGAGGAACAGGAGAAGAGGGUGACGUUGCCUAGCAACCCCAGCAGCCAAAACGAGGUAGAGAUGGUGGACAAUCGGGUUCAGGUCCUGAAAUCCGUCCCCGUCAACCUGUCACUGAACACGGAGCACCAGGAGGCCAAACGGGAGCAGUUCAGCAGCUCGACGGGGACCGGUGCGGGGUCAGGGCCCGUGGUGAAGGCCGAGGUGUACACGUCCGUCUUCACGACGGGACCGGGGCUUCACUACAGGGUGGAAGGAGACGAGUCGGCGAGAGUGGUCUACGAACAGAGUCCGUAUGAGGUGACCACCGUCAGUCACAGCUCGUACGUUAAAGAAGACCAGCAGAGUCCGCCUGACAGCCCGUACGAAGAGGAGAGAGACGGGAAGUACCACACACCUUCCUCUCUGGCUACAGAUGACUUCUUAUUUCAUCAGGAGAGAGUUGACAGCUUCCGGUACACGCUGGACGCCACGCGCUCGCUGCGUCAGAAGCAGGGUGAGGGGCCGAUGACCUACCUGAACAAAGGCCAGUUCUACGCUGUGACGCUCAACGAGCUCAGCGCCAACAAUCGCCUCCGUCACCCCAUCAGCAAAGUCCGGAGUGUCAUCAUGGUGGUGUUCAGCGAGGACAAGAACCGCGACGAGCAGCUCAAAUACUGGAAGUACUGGCACUCACGGCAGCACACAGCCAAACAGAGAGUCCUAGACAUCGCUGAUUACAAGGAGAGCUUCAACACAAUUGGCAACAUUGAAGAAAUCGCCUACAAUGCCAUCUCCUUCACCUGGGAUGUGAAUGAAGAGGCCAAGAUUUUCAUCACAGUCAACUGUCUGAGUACAGACUUCUCCUCUCAGAAAGGGGUGAAGGGUCUUCCUCUCAUGAUCCAGAUCGACACAUACAGCUACAACAACCGCAGCAACAAGCCGCUGCACAGGGCGUACUCUCAGAUCAAGGUCUUCUGUGACAAGGGAGCCGAGAGGAAAAUAAGGGACGAGGAGAGAAAACUGUUCCGCAAGAAGUCGAAAGGGAAGGACGGAGGUGUAGGUGUGAUAACCGUUCCCAAAAAGUCAGAUACCACCUAUUUCAAGACCAUGAGCGACCUGGAGGCUCAGCCUGUCCUCUUCAUCCCUGACGUUCACUUUGGCAACCUGCAGAGGGCUGGACAGGUGUUCACCUUCAACACAGAAGAUAUUGAGAGAGAAGGGAGUGUGCUGGUGAAGAGGAUGUUCAGGCCGUCAGAUGAAGAUCUGUGUCCUUCACCUCACAAACAGAUCAAAGAGGAAACGCACAAGAGAGUUUUGUUGUACGUAAGAAAGGAGACUGAAGAGGUGUUUGACGCUCUGAUGCUGAAGUCUCCCACGCUCAGAGGCCUAAUGGAUGCUAUAUCCGAGAAGUACGGCGUGCCCACAGAGAGAAUAGCCAAAGUGUACAAGAAAAGUAAAAAAGGGAUCUUGGUGAACAUGGACGAUAACAUCAUCGAGCAUUACUCCAACGAAGACACCUUCAUCCUCAACAUCGAGAGCCACGCAGACGCCUACAAGGUCACGCUGACAGAGAUCUGACAGCUCGUCAAAGACUGCGGGAUAAGACAAAAGAGAUGCUGUGACUGCUGGUUGGCUGAAAUCUACAAGGCUGCUAUUGACUGGCUGAUAAGCUGACUGACACUAGAGACAGUCCAUCGGUGGUGUUGCUCUGAGACCACCUCUGAUCACCCUGACACUGUUACACAAUGAAGCAAGUCGUAUUGUCUGUGCAGGAGGACAAUGAUAUAAUAGAAAGAGGAUAUUAUAAAUUUUCUCAUGAACUGGUUAUAACACCCUCUGUGUUGUAAGGUGAAAUGAUGCCGCACAGAUCCAUGCCCUCCACUUUUUCCGAAUAUUUUUAUUGUAUAAAAGAAUUUUUAUGUUUAUUCUCAUUCUGUACAGUGUGUUUUUGUGUUUUUGCCAAAAAACACAUCAGGAGUAGCCUCAAAAACGCCUGAUGUAUUGUAUGUAGCCACAGCUUGAAUUAGUUGGUCUUAAGUAACUUAGCAGCUUCUUUGCAUGCCAGCCUUUGCUUUUGUUAAGUGUAUUAUUAUUUAUUAAUACUAUAAUUGAUUUUUUUUUGCAUUUCUUAAACAGUUUUUCCAAGAAUUUCAAGUACUUUACAUUUCAGUGACUUUCCUCGUAGCCACCCUCUUUAUUCAAGGAGAUUUAAAUGGCAUGUCCCUAUUUUUCAGCCAUGUUGUAAUAUUUACAUUUCAACAAAUGGCCAAAGUUUUUAUUUGUAGGACUUUGAAUGACAUGAUAAUGACUAAAAAAAACAAACACUGUAUACAACUUCUGAGGGGUGACAAAUGGCACUUGGUUGUUGUGUGUCUCAUGUGGCUGUGUUGAAAAAUGAAUAAAGAUAUAAACAUAGA